UCUCACCACACCAGAUGUUUGUCAAGCUCGGCCGCAGUCAGGUCACACACACCUUAUCUCCGGAGGCUGGGAGGAAGCAUCAUACGUGAAUUCAAUUUCCUGUUACAUAAUCUGUUCGGAUUACUAAAGUGAGACUUUGCACCGAAAAUAAAAAAAACAAUUUGUAGUUCAGUCUCCCUUCUGAACAGUCCGCGGAUUUUUCAUCACCGGGUGAAAAACGCGACCCAGUUUAAAGUUUGCUCGGGGAAAAUUGUGAAGAGAUGCCAAAAAAAUACAUGAAGGGAAACACCAAUGCUGAAACACAGGAUGAAGAGUGCAAAAUGAAGAAGAAAGAAAAGGAUCUUGAAGUAGUCAGCCCAUUGGCUUUGUUUCGCUAUGCGGAUGGUAAAGACAAGCUGUUGAUGGUGCUGGGUAGCAUUAGUGCCAUAGUUCAUGGAGUUGGCUUACCUCUCAUGAUCAUAGUGUUUGGAGAUAUGACUGACAGCUUUGUUGAUCAUGGACUUAUGCAAAAUUUAACAAAAAAUUCAUCACUGAAUUUCACAGGUGAUUUCCCAGAAACAUUGGAGGAACAGAUGACAAGGUAUGCCUAUUACUACGUAGCAAUAGGAGGAGGUGUUUUGAUAGCAGCCUUUAUGCAGAUUGCUUUCUGGUCACUGGCAGCAGCAAGGCAGAUAAAGAGGAUAAGAAAGGAAUUUUUUCAUGCUAUAUUACGUCAAGAAAUGGGAUGGUUUGAUGUAAAUGACAUUGGAGAGAUCAACACCCGACUAACAGAUGAUAUUUCAAAAAUAAGUGAUGGAAUUGGUGAUAAAAUAGGUAUUCUCAUACAAACACUGACAACCUUCAUUGCUGGCUUUGUGAUUGGCUUUAUUAAAGGAUGGAAACUGGCACUGGUGAUUUUGGCUGUGAGCCCAGUUCUGGGAAUCUGUGCAGUAAUCUGGUCCAAGGUACUGACGUCAUUUACAAAACAGGAGCAAGAUGCCUAUGCAAAAGCCGGAGCAGUGGCAGAGGAGACGUUUUCAGCUAUCAGAACAGUGGUAGCUUUUGGAGGACAAAAUAAAGAAGUUACAAGGUAUCUCCAAAAUUUAACCGAAGGCCAGAAACUUGGAAUCAGAAAGUCCAUUAGCAGCAAUAUAGCAAUAGGUUUAACCUUCCUAAUAAUCUAUGGAACAUAUGCUUUGGCAUUCUGGUAUGGAAGUACUCUUGUUUUGGAAGAGACCUAUACAGUUGGAAAAGUGCUUACGGUGUUUUUUGCAGUCUUAAUUGGUGCAUUUUCCAUUGGUCAAACUUCACCACAUAUUGAAGCAUUUGCCAGUGCAAGAGGAGCAGCACGUAAGAUCUAUCAGAUUAUGGACCAGGAACCAUUAAUUGACAGUUAUUCAGAAAGUGGACACAAACUCAAUCAAAUUAAAGGAGAUGUGGAAUUUUUAAAUGUGCAUUUCAAAUAUCCCUCACGACCUGAUGUUAAGAUAUUGAAGGGUCUGAACUUGAAGUUUCAGAGUGGGCAAACAGUUGCACUGGUUGGCAGCAGUGGUUGUGGGAAGAGUACCACUAUUCAACUUCUGCAGAGGCUAUAUGAUCCUGAAGAUGGGAUGAUAAUGCUUGAUGGACAUGAUAUCCGGUCCUUGAAUGUUAGGCAUCUCAGGGAAUUUAUUGGCGUGGUGAGUCAGGAGCCCAUCCUCUUUGCCACCACAAUUGCUGAAAACAUUCGUUAUGGUCGUGAAGAUGUCAGUAUGGCUGACAUUGAAGAGGCUACCAAGGAAGCAAAUGCUUAUGAAUUCAUUAUGAAAUUGCCAGAUAAAUUUAAUACGCUAGUUGGAGAAAGAGGCGCUCAGCUAAGUGGAGGCCAGAAGCAAAGGAUUGCCAUUGCACGAGCAUUGGUACGCAAUCCCAAAAUUCUGCUGCUGGAUGAAGCGACAUCUGCAUUAGAUGCUGAGAGUGAAGCUACUGUCCAAGUUGCACUUGAUAAGGUACGGAGAGGCCGCACUACAAUAGUAAUUGCUCAUCGCCUGUCAACGGUUCAAAAUGCAGAUAUCAUUGCAGGAUUGGAAAAUGGUGUAAUUGUAGAGCUGGGAACUCAUGAACAACUCAUGAAAGCCAAGGGAAUUUACUACAAUCUGGUCACCACACAGACAUUUAAGAGAGAAGAUGACAAGGAAGAGAGGAAUGAUGUUAAUCUUGAAAAAAGUAGCAUCAAAAAGCCAAAGCAUAGUCAAUUAACACAAGCUAGUGUGCAAAAGGAAGAAAAAGCUGCAGAGAUAAUGAUUGAAAAUGCAGUUGAACAGGAUGAAGAUGUUCCCAAUGUGUCCUUUUUUAGAAUCCUCAAGCUAAACAAAAGUGAAUGGCAUUAUAUGCUCAUAGGAACUUUCUGUGCUGCUAUAAAUGGAGCUAUACAGCCUGCUUUUGCCAUAAUUUUUUCAGAAAUUAUUGGGGUUUUUGCUAAGACAGACAAGGACGUUGUACGCCGCGAGACUGAAUUAUAUUCCCUAUUAUUCUUAGCAUUAGGAGGUAUCUCCUUUGUCACAUUUUUUGUUCAGGGUUUCAGUUUUGGCCAUUCUGGUGAGAAACUAACACUAAGAAUGCGAUUAAAGGCCUUUAAGGCAAUAUUGCGACAGGAUAUUAGCUGGUUUGAUGAUCCUAAAAACAGCACUGGAGCAUUAACAACCAGACUUGCUAAUGAUGCAUCUCAAGUUAAGGGGGCUACCGGUAGCAGGCUUGCUGGAGUUGCUCAGAAUCUAGCUAAUCUUGGAUGUGCAAUUAUUAUUUCCUUCAUCUACGGCUGGCAGCUGACCCUGUUGAUCUUGGGUAUUGUGCCAAUCUUGGCAAUGGCAGGGGUGGUACAGAUGAAAAUGCUCACUGGGCAUGCUAACAAGGAUCGAGUGGAAUUGGAGAAUGCUGGAAAGCUCACUACUGAGGUAGUUGAAAACAUUCGAACAGUUGUAUCUCUAACAAGAGAGAAGAAGUUUGAACAAAUGUAUGAAAGUAGAUUGGCUGUUCCGUACAGCAAUGCCAAAAGGAAGUCUUUCGUUUAUGGAAUCACCUUUGCGCUUUCACAAGCAAUUGUGUUCUUUGCUUAUGCAGCCAGUUUUCGAUUUGGAGCCUGGCUGGUGACACAUAACCAUAUGAACUUCCGGGAUGUUUUUCUUGUAUUCUCAGCAAUUGUGUUUGGGGCAAUGGCUCUGGGACAAUCCAACUCAUUUAUGCCUGAUUAUGCCAAGGCUAAGUUGUCAGCAGCCCGAAUCAUCAUGCUAAUUAACCAAAAACCUUCAAUAGACAGCUUUAGUGAAGCUGGUGAUGUUCCAAGCACAUUUGAGGGAACGGUCAAAUUUGAAGAUGUUGCUUUUAACUAUCCUACUCGCCCCAAUGUGCCUGUGUUAAAAGAUUUAACAAUCAAAGUUGCAAAAGGACAAACCUUGGCUCUGGUCGGGAGCAGUGGCUGUGGGAAAAGCACUACUGUUCAGCUACUGGAGAGGUACUAUGACCCCCAAUGUGGAAAAGUGCUUUUAGAUAACAAUGAUGUAAAGGAUCUCAAUGUUCAGUGGGCUCGAGCACAGAUUGGUAUUGUGUCUCAGGAACCAGUACUGUUUAACUGCAGCCUCGCUGAUAAUAUUGCCUAUGGGGACAACAGCAGGGUCGUAUCCAAGGAGGAAAUAGUAGCUGCAGCCAAAGCUGCCAACAUACAUUCUUUUAUUGAAACUCUUCCAGAGAAAUAUGAAACCUGUGUAGGAGACAAGGGCACCCAGUUAUCUGGGGGACAGAAACAACGUGUAGCCAUUGCUCGAGCAUUAGUCCGAAAUCCUAAGAUUCUGAUCCUAGAUGAAGCCACUUCAGCACUGGAUACAGAAAGUGAAAUGAUUGUCCAAGAAGCACUGGAUAAAGCAAGAGAAGGCCGCACCUGUAUUGUAAUAGCUCAUCGCCUGUCUACUAUCCAGAACGCCAACAAAAUAGCAGUUUUUAAUAAUGGACAAAUUGCAGAGGAAGGAACACACCAGCAGCUUAUGGCUAGUCAAACUCUUUAUUACAAUCUAGUUACUGCACAAACGAGAGAAAACUAAAGAAAAAAUAUUCAAUCAUUAUAUUCAAAUUUAUUUUCUAGUUUGAUUAAUUUUGGUAAAAUUAAAAUUACAUACUGUAUAUUUGUGGAAUCACAAUUUGAAGAUACAGUAAAGAUUAUCAUUAAUUAUUUUCAUUAAUUACAUAUCCAUUAGUUACAUUGAUAAAUAAAUCUCUCCAAAUACAUUGGAGUGAACCUAUUAAUAAACCUGGUUUGGAUUGGUUAGAAGUAAGUUGGUUACUUAUAUAGGGUCCUGUCCUGGACUGCUGCAACAGGCAAGCCUAUGGCUUGAGGCAUAGCCUUUGCUAAAAUUGAGGCCACGUAAUUCCCCUACUGUCUGUCUCACCAAUAAACAAGGAAAAAGGACUUGCAGCAGUUUACCUUAUCAAUGUCCAACAGGGUUUUUCAAAUGCAAGAGAAACAUCCAAGACAAUAACUUGGUGUUAGACUGACCACCGCCUUCAAGCAUCAACUCGAAUGCCUUCCUGUAGCAAGCAGCAACAAGGUCUGUGCCAAGUCCAGCCCAUCUGCCAAUGAGCAACUCAAUGAUGGGGUGGACCAGCAGUACCUGAAGUUCUUACUGUCCAGCAUUGUCCUUCCUGUGAUUGUAAAAAUAAAUGCAUUCAAAAAUGUCAAAACCACCCUUGGUUGACCCCUGAGAGGAGGCUGCGUCCAAACAUGCCAUCAUCUUACUGGAAGUUCUCCUCAUCUAAUACAUUUAUCCACCUGGCAGAAUCUAUUUUUACCCUCAAUAACUUGUCUUUUGAUUAUUCCAACUUUCUAGCGAUCGACUGUGUACCAAUGAACACUGGCAUUAGCCUCAGCUGUGUGUGUUGUUUUGAUGGCUACAUGGAAUAGCACUCCUCUCUAACUGACUUCAGGACCACUCCUCAACUUAUUUUCAAUUACAUCAAACACUGUAUUUUAUCACCUUUGCCACCAAAUUCACCUGGACCAUUUCUGAUAGCCCUUUUACUGGAUUUCUCAGUCUUCAUCUGAGGAGACAGACUGUUAGUAGACUAGUACCUCAACCCCACCCUGUCAUCCUUCAGGGUGCUCUUGCUUUUCUUCAUAAUUUCCUUGUGUUGCCUACAACACAAUGGUAUGAAACUGAAUUCUCCAAUUUCAGGUAACCUGCUCUCAGUGUUCUUUUCCCACUCUUUCCUGUCAACCUCAUUCUCUCUCCCUUUGUUCAAACCUUCCAUUCCUUUUAAACCUCCCCCCCCCCCCUCCGUUACCAAGAUAUAUUACUCGAUUAGUUCUAGGAACCAGGAAUCACUCACAUGUUUAUUCCUGAAGCAGGAUCUUUACCCAAAUUUUGAACAUACAUUUUCUUCCAGAGGUGAAUUCUUCCAGCAGUUCAGUUUAUGUUUUAGUCUCUUGUGCCUCCAAAGUGUAAUGAUUACUGGUGUUACUAUUUUUAUUAUAGCUUUUUCUAAAUUCUGUAUUUACAUUGUUUUCUGUAUUUGACAUUGCACUGAAUUAAAUAUUUUACUUGUA